AAUGGCGACGCAGCAUACAAAUUACUAGGCGUGGAUGAUCGAUUCUCGUAAUUUUCGCAUAAGCUUGAAAAACCUGCGGGAAACACCAACGAAACCCAGAAGAAAUUACAGCUCUCUUCGACAAAAUAAUCGAACUAAAAUCAUCGAUGUUGCGGAUAUAAACGAGAGAAUAAAAAAAUACCCGCAACAGUUGGUCGAAGGGUACACCGUGCAGUGUUUUGCGGUUAAUCAUCUUGUUGUUGAUAUCACUACACGUUAAUUAAUCAACUAAUCAGCAUGAGGAACGGUAUUGGAAGUACGAAGGGGCUGGUGGCCCUCGUCCUGCUCAUUUGCUUCAUUGAACAAGGUUUCUCGAUAAAGUGCUGGGUGUGCAGAUCAGAUCGAGACCCGAAAUGUGCGGAUCCCUUCGACAACACCACUGUACCUAUUUCAGACUGCAAAGGGAAGACGUUGGACCAUUUGCCAGGAAUCAAGCCCACCAUGUGUAGGAAAAUUCGUCAGAAAGUUAAUGGAGUCUGGUCGUACUUCAGAAGCUGUGCAUUCCUGGGUGAGCCUGGACUCGCUCGUGACGAGAGAUUCUGCCUGAUGAGGACUGGCUCGUACAAUAUAUUCAUGGAGUACUGCACGUGCAACACCAAGGACGGCUGCAACUCUGGCACGACCUUCAGUAUUUCGUGGAUUACAUCAUUAGUUACUGGGGUGUUAGUGGUGGGCUACAGCCUCCUCGUCACGACCUUUUAAUACUCUCAAUGCUGAUGGAGUCAUCGCCACAUCGAUCGAAUCAUGAGCGGGGGAGAGAUCAGGGAAGAAAUCAAAUGGAAAAACAAUAUUUUUGCCAAGUAUUCAUUCAAUUGAGAGAAGCAUUUAUUUUUUCAAAAUCGUAUUCCUCCGAUCGAGUAAAUUAUGACAAUUAUGACAAUGAUGUCUCUCGAGAGGAUGACUAUUUUGCAUUUUUCCUAAAUUUCUUAUUUUCUAGAGGAAAAAAUUUGCGAGUAAUUUUCCAAUUUUGUUAAUUAUUGAGGGAGUUUUGUCAACGUCAUAAAAAUAUGGUCAUCUUCUAGGGCAAUAUAGUAGUCGUAAUUGAAACUUAAUGAGAAUUGCUUGGGAAUGAAUCGACUGGAGAAAUACGAUAUUAAAAAAUAAAUUUUCUCAAGUAAACGGAUAUUUAGGAGAAAUAUAUUUGUAAAUUUUGAACUGCCUUAAAGAUGUAGAAUGUUCCCUGGAAAAAUUGUAGGUGCCUUAACUGAAGGGAAAUAUCGAGAAUCUCAUACCGACGUCCAUUAGAUUAAUCUCAAUGUUGUAUAGAAAAUUUAGGAUUACGUAACAGGGAGGAAAUGAUGAGGUGGGGAAACAGCUGGAGUUUUUGAGAAAUAUCUCGGGAUCUGGGAGAGAGGAAAUCAAGGGAUAUUCAUCAAAAAUUCUGGUUUCAUUAGUUUAACGAGAAAAUCAGUCAAUUUCACUUUUUUAACUUCAUCUUUGUUGAAUAUUUUUCCAAAAUAUUUAACGAAAAAUACUUCCACUGGCAAAUGGUAAAAUUGAAUGAGUCAAUUCCACUUGUGAAUACGUUUUCGAAGAAUAUCUUGAGUUGUACAAAAAGUCCCAGAGAUUUACCCCAAAAACUAAUUAAUUCUCCACUACUGAAAUGUACUUUUAACGCUGAAUCAUUCGUUCGAAUGAGACUGUCUCCAUACCGUCCAAAGUAGCUUAAAAUGUAAUUAUUUCAUUUUUAUAAAAAUUUAUAUAUUUUUUACGUGGACGAAAAUCCAGAUUUUUAAAAUAAUUAAUUAAACUGACUUAAUGAAAGGAUUUUUGUGGCAUUCAUCUUGCGGAGUGGAACAACAUGACUAAAAAUACUUCAAUUUUCUCUGUGAAUUUAUUUUCCACUCGACAAGUGAAUGGCUGAAAUGAUUUAAAAAACGGAAGAAAUACGUGCAAAUGAUUUUUUACUGUAAAAACAUGAGAAUAAAAAUACAUUUGACGAGUAAUACUAGUACA